CUGGUCUGUUAUUCGUGGUCUCUUGUGUAUGGAAGUAUUCCUCAUCCUUACCUCAAAGAGCAUGUGACAUCUUUUUUCGGUCGAGACUUUCCUCAUAAAGGAGAUUUCCAAAGCGUAUUACUAGUCUUCCACGAUGCAAUAUCUGGAGGAUAUCAUAGAAUGGAAAAGUGCACUAUGUUCGAAGAAAUACGAUGGAUACGCCAUUUGUUCAUUUCAGUGGUCGAAGACCUACCAGAGGAGAUUGGCAGAAGAUUUGAACAGAUGAGAAAAUGGGACAAUGAUGUAGAAAGACUUCGACUGGAAUGUAAAUAUGCAGCUAAGCGAAUUAUGGAGGUUAGGGAAACUUCUCAACCUAUGAGAGAUAGAAUUUUGAAUGGAACUUGCAGAUGUGCGUUUGCCUCUAUGCUUAAAUAUCGUUUGAUUCAUCGGUUGAGUGAAAGGAAGCUGGAUCUAGCUAGGAGAAGUGAACGCUUGAUGAGUGCUGUUCUUGAAAAGGUUGCGGACUCGUCAUAUUUGUGUAAAAUAGAGUUGGAAGUGGACAACCCAGGAUGUACCGAAGCUAUAGAGAGAAACUUCUGUCGCAUGCUUGGGCUGAAGCCGACUUCGUCUCACUUAACUUCUUGUAAUGUAGAAUUUGAACCCGUGGAAGAUACAAAGUCAUUGACGCUUGGUCAGGAACAUGGCGUCAAUGGAGAGCUAACUUCCGCAUUUGAUCUCAAAGAUCCUGGAGUGUCAAAUAUAAACGGUAAAUCGGAUAGGGAACGAUAUGGAAGUCCUUCACCGGUUGUUACCCCAUGUGAAAGUCCUCAGCGCUUUGCUUCAUCUUUCCGUAUCACCGGUUAA